AUGGCCAGAGCUUUCUUCAGGCUACAGAAGUUUCUGCGUCGGACCCAGUUCCUGCUCUUCUUCCUCACAGCAGCGUACCUGAUGGCUGGCAGCCUCCUGCUGCUGCAGCGCACCCGCUUGGUGAUCCAGCAAGGCUCGCGAGGGACCUCCACCAACCAGGCCCUGCUGGUGCCAGACGCGAUGGCCGGGGUCGGGAUAGCAAAGCCCCGGCCCGGGCCCCGGCCGCUGGUGGGCACGGACGCGCUGCAGGAGCUGGCCCCGGAGCAGCCGCACAGCCCGCGGUGGCUCGUGUCCCGCAACGCGGAGCUCCGGCAGCUGAGGAGGAGGUGGUUUCACAGGUUCAUCAGUGACCAGGAGCCCAUGCAGACAGCGGGGCUCAAGGCGAUGAAGCUCACCACCGAGCACAAAGGCACCUACGUGGGAUGCUUCAGCGAUGACUCCAGGGAGAGGACGCUGAAGGGAGCUGUGUUUUAUGACCUAAGGAAAAUGACGGUGUCGCACUGUCAGGAAGCAUGCGCCGAGAGGGCUUACACCUACGCAGGCCUGGCGUACGGCGCAGAGUGCUACUGCGGGAACACGCUCCCUGCGACCGCCGUGAGGCCCGAGGAGUGCAACAGCGAGUGCAAGGGCGAGAAGGGCUCGGUGUGCGGCGGCGUCGGCCGGCUCUCGGUCUACAGCGUGGAGGAGCUGCGGGCCGCAGCCAGACAGCGGAGGAGUGUUAUCUAUCGAGGAUGUUUUAGAGCUCCAGAAAAUUUAACAGACACCUUUCCAGCCUCUUUGAUACAGCCCAAUUUGACGGUGGAGAUGUGCUCUGAAUUUUGCUCCAAGAAAGAGUUUCCCUUGGCCGUCAUCUGCGGGCAGGAGUGCCACUGCGGGUACCCCACGGGGCGCUUCUCGCUGCGCGACGGCGCCGACGGGCGGCUCUGCCACGGGGCACACAACGCCAGCACCGGGGGCAAAUACUGCCUGGUCUAUCAGACACCCGUGCAAGACACCCGCUGCACGGACAGGAAAUUCUUAACCACCAAAUCCAAAGUGUUCGUGGCUUUGUCGAGCUUUCCCGGGGCUGGGAAUACGUGGGCUCGCCAUUUGAUAGAGCACGCCACGGGAUACUACACCGGGAGCUACUACUUCGAUGGAGCCCUCUACAAUAAAGGUUUUAAAGGAGAAAAAGACCACUGGAGAAGUAGAAGGACCAUCUGCGUGAAAACACAUGAAAGCGGCAAGACGGAGAUCGAAAUGUUCGACUCGGCGAUCCUGCUGAUCAGGAACCCGUACAAGUCGCUGAUGGCGGAGUUCAACAGGAAAUACGCCGGGCACCUGGGGUACGCCACGGACCGCACCUGGCAGAGCAAAGAGUGGCCCGAUUUCGUCAACAGCUACGCGUCCUGGUGGGCCUCCCACGUGCUGGACUGGCUGAAGUACGGGAAGCGCCUGCUGGUCGUGCACUACGAGGACCUGAAGCAGAGCCUCCUCCCCAAGCUGCGGGAGAUGGUGGAGUUCCUGAAUGUGACGGUGACAGAGGACCGGCUGCUCUGCGUGGAGAACAACAGGGAUGGGAAUUUCAAGCGGUCUGGUGCUAAGCAAAAGGAUUUUGAGCCAUUCACCCAGGAAAUGAAGGAUCUCAUCAACAGAUACAUCCUGACAGUGGAUGAAGCCCUGAGGGGAAGAAACUUCACAGGGCUGCCCAGAGAGUACGUGCCAAGAUGAUAACCUGGUAGCCCUCUGCCGUGUAUAAAAAUAAAAUAUUUUUUUCUUAAAAAAAAAAAAAGAUAAAAA